GGGGAGUCAGGCUGGAAGUGGCUCCUCCCCCAAGUGGGCUGUUCCAUGACGGAGGGAUGGAAAAGUGAAGAGCGCCACUCUUAACGAGAACUAUGGCGAGGUGUCGUUUCCGGAAGUGCAUCGCUGCUCAGCUUUCACAUGUUUUGAAGAUUCCGCCAGAAAACCUGGUAAAAUCAAUCUCUGCUGUUCCAGUAUCCAAAAAUAGGCAAGCUGCUGAUUUCCAGUUUUUUAUGAGUUCUAUAUUAGAUACUAAUUCUACAGAUUAUACAACAUCGGAUAUUAAUCUUCAGGCGGAGAAGCUGGCAAACAAGCUAAAAUGUGAUGCAGUUGUGAGCAAAAUCAGCCCAGGCAAAGGAACAGUAGAUUUCACGAUAAAUCGAGACUUAUUAGCAAAGACAGUGUUGCAGCAGGUAUUUGAAGAUGGCUCUGAAUAUGGAAUAAAGAGCGAACUUUUCUCAGGAUUGCCAAACAAAAAGGUUCUGAUUGAUUUUAGUUCACCCAACAUUGCAAAGAAAUUUCAUGUCGGUCACCUGCGUUCUACAUUAAUAGGGAAUUUCAUAGCAAAUAUCAAUGAAGCGAUUGGACAUCAAGUAACAAGAAUAAAUUAUCUUGGAGACUGGGGCAUGCAGUUUGGUAUAUUGGGAGCUGGCUUCCAGUGGUUUGGUUCUGAAGAAAAGCUGAAAUCCAAUCCUUUGCAGCAUCUUUUUGAGGUUUAUGUACAGGUCAACAAAGCUUCAGAAGAGGAUGAAAAUAUUAAAACUCUGGCACAAGAUUUCUUCAGAAAAUUGGAAGCACAGGAAGAAAAGGCCUUGUCAUUGUGGCAACAUUUUAGAGAUGUUAGCGUUGAAGAAUAUGCUCGGGUGUAUAAGCGUCUGGGAAUCUACUUUAAUGAAUAUUCUGGAGAAUCAUUUUAUCAAGAGAAAAGUCAAGAAGUUCUAAAGAGGUUGGAUGCAAAAGGGCUUCUUACGAAAAUAGAAGGAGCAGGAAAAGUUCGUCUUUCUGAAAAUGGAGACCUGGUUACUGUGAUGCGUAGCGAUGGAACUUCGCUUUACUUAACAAGAGAUCUUGCUGCUGCCAUAGACCGAAUGGAAAAAUAUAAGCCUGAUGUUAUGUUAUAUGUCACAGAUAAAAGUCAAAGCUCUCAUUUUCAACAGAUGUUCCAGAUUCUGAAAUUACUUGGUUUCAGUUGGGCAGAAAGGUGCCAGCAUGUGCCCUUUGGGAGAAUUCACGGCAUGAAAACUCGAAAAGGAGAAGUGAUUUUCUUGGAAGAUGUUUUAAAUGAAACUUGUUCCCUGGUAUUAGAAAGACGUGCUUCUACAAAAACCACAAAAGAAUGUGACAAUCCUCCUGAGACCGCAGAACGGAUUGGGCUCGCAGCACUUAUCAUUCAGGACUUCAAAGGCCUCUUAUCAUCUGAUUAUCGGUUUAACUGGGAUCAGGUUCUUCAAAGCAAAGGCGAUACGGGGGUCUUCUUGCAAUAUACACAUGCCAGGCUGCAAAGUUUAGAAGAAAUGUGUGGUACUGUCAAUCAAGGCACUCCUGUCAACCCUGCUUGUUUACAAGAUCCACUAGCAAUAUCCUUACUUCAACAUCUUCUCAGAUAUGAUGAAAUUAUUUAUCAAUCUUCACAAGAUCAUCAGCCGAAGCAUAUUGUUAAAUACCUGUUUAAACUCAGUCAUUUAGUAUCGGCAGCUCACAGAAAUCUUCCUGUAAAGGGCAGCCCUCUGGAACUCGCUCAGGUAACAUUUAUUUUAUUUUAUUUAUUUAUUGAAUGUAUUGAGUGUAUAUGCCACCCACCUCAUGAUCCAGCUUACAAUACAAUCAUUCUUCUCAGUGUUCGAAUGUAAUUUGUUAUCCCUAAGCAGUAAACCCGGAGAAAAACCUCUUGUAGAAAGGUUGCUGUUGAAAGGUGGAAUAUGAGUUAAAGGAAUAGAUGAAUGGCAGGGUUUUGUAUCUGGAAGCAAGGGAACUGGAAGAUGAAAUAAGUCUACUGCAGUAGCUUAGCAGGUGGACUAGGAUGCUGUUCUUUUGAAGAUUGUCCCCGGGAGCUGUAAAUAUUGCUUAACAUUAAGUGGCCACAAAUCAAAACUCAGACUGGUCUUAUAGCCAUCAAUAGACAAUACAUGCAAAGUAUAAUUCAGAGUUAACAACUGACUGGGAGCUCUAGGAAUAGUCAGCCUGAAAUACUUGUAAUACUCCAGGUUGAAUAUUUUAGGUUGUGCAUCAUCAGCUAGAUACAGGGUAAAAACUAUUUCAUACCCUUGUAACUUCCUAAGAAAGACAGAAGGAAGCCUUCAAUGCAGCUGCUUUGUGCUACAUGAGCAGAAGUAACACAUAGAUGAUGUGCAUCAGUGAAAGGUUUUACCUGGAGCAGGACUUUGACAUCUCAGAAGCAGAGAGAGAAAACAAAUAAAAGUAUUAGAUGCAGUGUUGGGGUUUUUUUCCCACCGAGAUGAACUUGAUGUGCAUGAGAAGUCACUAAGCACACAAACAUCCAAGGAUAUGCAGGAAUAAGGUUAGUGAGCAUCAGGGAAAUAGAGGUACAUUGACGCAACAUGAAUAGGCGAUUUCUGAAGGUGGAGUCUAAGUCUCCCCAAAGAAAAAACUAAAGGGGGAAAGUUUCCUUGACCAAAUAAUGUGUACAAAAUCGGCUUUUAUGCUGAUGGGGGGGGGCAGGGUCUCUCAACCGCAGAUUUGGGGAAGUGGGAGAAGACACGGGAGGAAAUAAAAGAAGUAGAUUCUUCACAACGAUCAAGCUGCAGAAUUAUUGGUACAAAUGGGCAUUUUAAUAGCUCUUAUUCUCCAGCAGGAUGGCUGUAGAGUCCACUGGAUGGGUUCCAUGACAGCCUUCCCGACAGACUAGGUCAAAACUUUGGCCACACCCUUCCUUUGGGCGUGACUCCAGUUUUCACUUAGUCUCGUAGCCCGUUAGCAGCAGAAAAAUUAGCUCCGCAGAUAGUCAGAAAACUCUAAUUUUAUCUUAAUUUAGUAGUCAUCUGAAUUUCUCAGUGAACAUAAAACAUAUAAAAAAUAUUUUAUACUACCAUAGCAUGGAGCAGGGGGAGGGGGCAUGAAUAAGAUGCUGCUUUCAUAAGAUGACAAAAAUUACCAAUUCCUCUUCUUUAUCCCUCCCCCCCCACCUUUUU